AUGGCACCUCUUAGCCAGCUGAGUGGCCACAUCAACUCCACAUGUGGAGCAGAAAAUUCCACAGGUGCCAACCGGGCCCGCCCACAUGCCUACUAUGCCCUCUCCUACUGUGCACUCAUCUUGGCCAUCGUCUUCGGCAACUGCCUGGUGUGUGUGGCUGUCCUGAGAGAGCGGGCCCUGCAGACCACCACCAACUACCUCGUGGUGAGCCUGGCUGUGGCGGACUUACUAGUGGCCACCCUGGUGAUGCCCUGGGUAGUGUACCUAGAGGUGACAGGCGGAGUCUGGAAUUUCAGCCGAAUUUGCUGCGAUGUUUUUGUCACCCUGGAUGUCAUGAUGUGUACAGCCAGCAUCUUGAACCUCUGUGCCAUCAGCAUAGACAGGUACACUGCCGUGGUCAUGCCUGUUCACUACCAGCAUGGCACAGGGCAGAGCUCCUGCCGGCGUGUGGCCCUCAUGAUCACUGUCGUCUGGGUACUGGCCUUUGCCGUGUCCUGCCCUCUCCUCUUUGGCCUCAACACCACAGGGGAUCCCAGCGUGUGCUCCAUCUCCAAUCCUGACUUUGUCAUCUACUCUUCAGUGGUGUCGUUCUAUGUGCCCUUUGGAGUGACUGUCCUUGUCUAUGCCAGGAUCUAUGUGGUGUUGAGGCAAAGGAGACGCAAACGGAUCCUCACCCGACAGAACAGUCAGUGCAUCAGUGUCAGGCCUGGCUUUCCACAGCAGCCUCUGUCCCCUGGCCGGACACACAUGGAGCUGAAGCGCUACUAUAGCAUCUGCCAAGAGACUGCCUUGAGCCCACCAGGCUUCCAAGAAGAAGGAGAGUCAAAAGGGGCAGAGGGGACUCGGAACUCCCUGAGCCCCACCAUGGCACCCAAGCUCAGCCUAGAGGUUCGAAAACUCAGUAAUGGCAGGUUGUCGACCUCCCUGAAGCUGGGCCCCCUACAACCUCGGAGUGUGCCACUUCGGGAGAAGAAGGCAACCCAGAUGGUGGCCAUUGUGCUUGGGGCCUUUAUUGUCUGCUGGCUGCCCUUCUUCUUGACCCACGUUCUCAAUACCCACUGCCAAGCAUGCCAUGUGUCCCCAGAACUUUACAGCGCUACAACGUGGCUGGGCUACAUGAACAGCGCCCUCAACCCUGUGAUCUAUACCACCUUCAAUGUCGAGUUCCGCAAAGCCUUCCUCAAGAUCUUGUCUUGCUGA